AUGACGCAGGCAGUUAAGAGGGCCUGCGACGCUUGCCAUCGCCGCAAGGUCAAGUGCGACGGCAUCAAUCCGUGCCGCAACUGCGCCUCAGCUCAGCUGUCGUGCACCUACAAUGCGAUUCCCCAGAAGAAAGGCCCCAAGGGCUCGAGAGCCAAGGUCAUCAGCGAACUCCGCGAGACCCAACGACAGACGAGUUUGUCGGCCAAGGUCCAGAACCGGAUAAACGGCGUCGCUUGCCCAGUCACACCUCCAUCACUGGCCCCUACCCCCGGCCUCCUCACCUGCGACCUCGUCAAAGACUGCGCUCAGUUCUUCUUCGACAACUUGCAUCCUCAAGCGCCUGUUCUCGACCGGCGACAGGUCGAGCAGCAGGUGCUGUACAUGGAGCAGAAUCGGGAUGCCUACUGUCUGAUGACCUCCCUCUGCGCCUUCAUCAUGCUCCAGCCUGGCAUGUCCAUGCCUGCUGGCGACCCCUACAACCUCGACAUGAUUCCUGGCGCCAACAUUGUCUCGAGCCAGCUUCUUUUGGAAGAGUGCCUCAGGGUUCGCAAGGGCUACGAGUAUCUGGACGCAAUCACCCUCAACGCUCUGGCAACCAAUUUUUUCCUCUUUGCCUGCUUUGCCGGCCAAGAGAUGCAUGACAAGGCUUGGUACUACCUUCGCGAGGCAGCCACAAUGAUUCACAUGGCAGGCAUGGAUAAGGAGGAGCAUUACAUGCAAUUCGAUGCCUCGGAAGCUUCGCGACGACGACGCCUCUACUGGCUCAUUUUGUCGGCCGAGCGCGGCUAUGCCCUCCAACGCCGACGCCCCAUUUCCUUGCAGGCCACCAUCAACCUGCCAACUCUUGGUGACGACACAACCGACCCUGAAGCUCACCGGCUCGACAGCUUCGUCAUGCUUGUCAACAUGUUCCGACCUUUCAAUGCCGCUGUCACGGAUGCGUGGAACAAGACCCGAGGUCACUUCACAACCCAAUACGUAAAUGGCUUGCAGAAGCAGCUCAAUGACGUGGCCCAAUCCUACGCUUGCCAAGACUCGAAUUUCACCGACCUGCACAGCGCCCAACAGUGGCUGAAGAACACUGUCUGGCAGCUGACUAGCGGUGUAGCAGCGAAUGGGAACAACGAGGACUCGACAGGGUUCACCUCCUACCCCAUGAAUUUGUCAAGAGAACUGUUGGUCAGCAUGGCUUCGCAAUUCCCUGUCCAAGUUGUUGAUCUUCUCGGCGCUGGCUUGAUUGUAAAGGUUUUGGAACUUUGUUCGUCGUUGACCGAGUAUCUCGCCAUGCAACCCCCAUCCCGAGACCCAUUCACCAUCGGCCCUCGCGAGCAUCUUAAUCAAAUCAUCACCAUGGUGGCCAUCUGCAGGAACGGCGACUACCGUUUCAUGCCCUUGCUCAUGUACAAGAUUGGAGAAGUUUUACCUCGCAUGACGAAUCCGAUGCUUCAAAACGCACCCGACAAUGUCAAUCUCGCCAACAUGGACAUAUUCGACGGUUUCGGCAAUGCUGGCAUGGCGCAGCCCCCCAACCAGAUGCACAUGCCAAUCGAGACGGACUACGACCGCAAGUUUUCCGUGGAAGAAUACGACAAGAGUUAUGCCAUGGACAUGAAUGGCAACACACCCGAAUCCGCGCCGCUCUCCAAUCAUUCCAACAGCUCGCCCUCGAUUGGCCAGCAAGGGUCCGCAGAUAUGGGUGGCUCCUUCGUCAGCUCGCCGGGCCUCUUGUCGCCGGGAAUGGAGCUUCCCCAUCAUAUCAACGGUUUCAUGCCCGACAUGGUGAUGAGUUCGAUUGGCAACGCGGGGCCUCCAACUACGGCGUCGCCAGGUCAGCACAUGGGCCAUGAUGGCAUCUCGCAACGAAUGGAUGCGAUGGGAGCAGCACAAGGCAUGCGUCCUCAAGGGUUGAAUCCGAUGAAUUCCAUGGGAGGAAUGGAGCCAGUAUCGCAAAGGCAAGGCAGCUUUCAUUUACAAAACCGACAACUGGGCGGUUUUCAGACGUUGCAGGGAACGAGUGCAGACACGAGCAGAUCAAUGGUUGGUGUGACUGGCAUGGGCACGUACUAA